UUUCGUUUCGUGCCACGAGAACAAUCUUUCUUCCCACCUCUCGCUCUAUCGCUCUUCAGAUCAUCACGCGAUUCUGGGAGCUUCGGGAUCGGAAAUGGCGGAGACGAAGCCGACGAUGCACGCGGUACGGUACGAGUCUUACGGCGGAGGACCCGCCGGCUUGAAGCAUGUUGAUAUACCUGUUCCUGCACCUAAAAAGGGUGAAGUUUUGCUGAAACUGGAAGCGAUUAGUAUAAACCCUGUUGAUUGGAAAUUGCGGAAAGGAAUGUUGAGACCAGUUCUUCCUCCCAAGUUCCCUCACAUACCUGCCACCGAUCUAGCAGGAGAGGUCGUCAAGGUUGGACCAGCAGUCAAGAAAUUUAAACCUGGCGACAAAGUCGUAGCCAUCCUCAACCACUUUAAAGGAGGAGGAUUUGCUGAGUUUGCCGUUGCAAAUGAGAGCCUAACCGUGGCAAGGCCACCUGAAGUAUCCGCACCAGAAGGGGCAAGUUUAGCAGUAGCCGGCCUCACUGCUCUCCAGGCCCUCACGCAAGCUGCUGGGGUAAAGCUCAAUGGGAGCGGGCCACUGAAGAAUAUCCUGAUUACCGCUGCCUCAGGCGGCGUUGGCCACUAUGCGGUUCAACUCGCAAAGCUAGGAAACGCACAUGUGACUGCUACUUGUGGGGCUCGCAACAUCGACUUGGUCAAGAGCCUUGGCGCUGACGAAGUCCUCGACUACAAGACCCCAGAGGGAGCUGCCUUGAAGAGCCCAUCCGGCAAGAAGUACGACUUUGUGGUCCACUGCGCAAAUGAUUUCCCUUGGUCAGUUUUCGAGCCGAACCUGAGCGAGUGUGGCAAGGUGAUAGAUAUUACCCCGAAUGCCAGUGCAAUGCUGACCUUCGCUCUCAAGAAGCUCACCUUCUCCAAGAAGCAGCUCGUGCCAUUGCUAUUAACAGCCAAGGGCGAGAAUCUGGAAUUUCUGGUUAAGUUGGUCAAGGAAGGGAAGCUCAAGACCGUCAUAGACUCGCAGUAUCCACUGAGCAAGGCCGAGGAUGCUUGGGCGAAGUCUAUAAAUGGUCACGCCACUGGUAAGAUUAUUGUAGAGCCAUAGGACUAAUUGCCGGUGCUUUUUGUGCGUGUUGUCUAUGAUAAUGAUUUUCUACUUGCUGUGAAUGCUAUUGAACUCUUUUGUUCCUUUUUCACCUUUAGAAAGAUUAUUGGUGGAAGUGUAAUAUUACUUUGAACAGAGCGAUUUACAUUAU